AUCGGCAUUAUCAAAAUAAUAGAUACCCUGAUUAGAAACAAAGAUAAAUGUUUAACUUCAAUGGUCUAAUGAUGACGAGAAACGAACAUUUUUGACAGUAAUCAUCUUAACCAUUAAGAUUGCAACUAUGAGCAAAAAAGAAAACCUUGAGGAAAAACCAUUACUUAACAGCAACAACCUAGAAUUCGUGAAGCUUAAAUAUCCAAGAUGGCUGACAUAUUCCGUGGUAAUUGCAAUUCCAUUAUGCCACAUAUUGUCAUUCAUGUUGAGCCUGUUUCUUUUAAACCAGUAUACUUAUUACAAAUUCAUGAAACAAGAAUAUCCAAAUGCUUCUGAUACUUCCGAGAAGUUGCCAACAUGUACUACGAACACAACCACUGUUGGAUACCAACAACAAGUAGCCGUACAGAAAAUAUCAGCAGAAUGGAGCAUGAUUUGCAGUCUUUCCUAUAUCAUUCCAGGGAUGUUUUCCAAUAUAAAUCUCGCCACAUAUAGUGACGUAUACGGUAGAAAACUAUUUUUCAUUAUACCAUUAGCAGGUAGUAUGCUUAAAAGUGCGCUUUGUGCCAUUGGAAUUUAUUAUGAAAUCGAUGUGAGAUAUCUGUUGUUCUUUUACAUGAUAGAAGUUUGUACUGGGUCCUGGUUUGGAACGCUUUCUAUGUCCUUGUGUUUCAUUGCUGACACAACAGAAGAAGGAAAAGGAAGAUCGAUUCUGAUUGGUUUGUUGGAAGGCGGUCUUGGGAUUGGUGCUUUCAUUGGAACAUUCAUAUCCGGGUAUCUGAUAUCAUUAACCGACGGGUUUUUCUACCCAGAUGUAAUAGCCUCGUGCGUUGUAAGCAUUGGACUACUUCUUGCGUUAACAAUGAUUCAAGAAUCUCUUCCCGAAUCAAGAAAACGUAAACAUGUUUCACCUUUAGAAAACAUGAAGAGGGUUUUCGAAUGUUAUUCAUCGGACUUCUCACCAAAAGGGAAACGCUGGAUGUUCAUUAUACUAAUAUUUAUAUUUUCAAUGUCAGCCAUUUCAAAUUUAAGUAGACACAACGUAGAAACCUUAUACGAGCUAAAUACCCCAUUUUGUUGGGAUUCUGUGAAAAUUGGAGUUUAUUCGUCGAUACGUAUAUGUUUCUUUAAUUUAGGAGCAGUAAUUAUAAUUAAAGUAUUCCACUUUUGUUCGUCAGAUGAAGUGAUAGCUUUAGCUGGUUGUUUCACCACAUUAACAUCAUUGAUUAUUGAAGGCCUGGCAGAGUCGGACCUAAUGAUGUAUUUGUCUGCUGCCGCCAGUCUAGGUUGUAUUGUAACAAUGCCGAUGUCGAGGAGCAUAAUGUCUCGAAUGACACCAGCUAAUAAACAAGGAUCUGUUUUUGCUGGUGUUGCUGCAGUAGAACUUCUAUGUGCUCUGGUUGGAGGACUGCUUAUGAAUGGUAUCUAUAAAGCAACAGUCGAUAUCUACAGAGGAAUGGUGUUUUUAAUAUGGGCAGCUUUCAGUGUCGUAGGGAUCAUACUUUGUUUAAUUCUAAUAAAAGGAAAGCGGAAAGGAAACCUUGAAUUCAAGCAGGAAGAAACAACUAUAAAAGUAGAAUUCACUGCCAGUGGAAAGAAGUAGAAACACGUGUUAUGUGG